AUGUUGACGACAUACUUGAAAACCAUUUCAUCUUCAUUAUCCAGUUUGGUGUUCCGUUGGCUCGCUAUUCCGUGGCUCCAGAGUGAACUUGACAAAUGGGUCAUUGUUCGAAAUCGAACUCCUCCACGCGCCAACACCAAGAAGGUCUUGCCUCAUGGGAUUCCGGAACUGAUGCGUGAGAAGCCAGAGCAGUUUGGAGCUCUCAAUUUUAAGAUUCCUGUACCAACAGAGCUCAUUGACCGUCUUGAAGCAGAGUUUGCUCCUCCUGACCACCCGGUCUUUCAGCUGACGCCACCCUUAUUCAAUCAGCGUGCAAGUCCUUUCUAUUCUAGCAUUGGGUCUCCCAUGAUCACUUUUCGUACAUUCUGGGACAUGUACCGCCAACUACUCCAUUGUUUCCGUCAAGAUUUGGAGACUGACCAUGAUGAGGCAAUGGCCUCUCUCAUUUCUUCGCAACGCGCCCACACACAAGAGGUUGAGGAGGAUUCAAUUCCACUCAUGGAAGGUCUGAGGGAACUUCGGCAGGGUGAUCAAGUUGUUGGAGCUUAUAAUCAUGAUGGUGACGGGUCUGACUAUGCGUCCUUCACCAAUGAUUCAGACGAAGAGUCUGAAGCUAACCUGCAAGGCGUGACAUUGGCACUCUUUGCAAGUUUCUUUCAUACUACCUGA